GAUAGAACAUUUAUUGGGUAUAGAACCUUUCACUGAGAAGUUGCUGAUCACGUGCCCACAAGAAGUGCGCACCAUUGGUGAGGUAAUUAAAGUUCUCAUUGGCUACAAUUUGUCACCACAAUCUGCUACCAAAACAAUCGAGAACUUCGAAUGUGAGGUUCCUGUGAAAGUAUAUUGGGAAGACAAAUUAGUUUCACAAUUCAACAUGGGAAGCGAGGGCUACGGAUACCAUGGGCGAUAUCAGGCCAAAGGUGGAUUCUACUCCUCACCAGAACAGCAAACGCGGACCAACAGGUCCAAUGCUCUUGCUCUUACUCCGUGCUCUGUCUCCCAACUGCGCCGCGCCGUAGAAGGCCCCAACGGGUUCACAUGUGGAGGCACCGACCUCAACAUGGUGUCUGUAGUGGGCUUGGUGAGGGCUGUCUCUUCCACAUCUGUCUCAUGUGUGAUCUACCUGCUGGAUGACAUGACCGGACCACCUAUUCAGGCCAAGUUCUGGACGGAGGAGGGGGAUGUGGAGAACUGUGUUCAUCCUGGUACUUAUGUCAGAGUAAUCGGCAGGAUUCGCUCCUUUGAGAGCCGCCGGCUGGUGAGUGGCCUUCACAUCCGCAGGCUGGAGGACCUGAAUGAGAUCACGUCCCAUAUCCUGGAGGUGGUCCAUGCCCAUAUGACGUACAGCCCAGGGUCUCAACCCAAUGCCCAUAUGACAUGCAGACCAGGACACUCACAGGCAAUUCUCAACCCCGUGCCCAUAUGGCAUACAGACGAGGACACUCACAGGCACGUGCUGUAUCUCCUAGAGGGGGUUCACUCACCGGUGAUUCUGUAG